AUGGAUCACCUCAGCCUCCUCUUGGCAAUUCUUUAUGUGUACACAGCGCCAUGUGAAGAGAUUUCUUGGGACACGACUGUUAAGCUUGCUAAGAAUAUGAGCCUAGAAUGUGUAUAUCCAUUAGCGGACAGUGUAACCCAGAUUGAGUGGUUCAAGCUUAAGACGGAGAGAGAGUCCGUGGCCAUUUUCAACCCUAUGUUCCGUGGGAUCAUAAGAGAGGCCUACACUGAUAGGGUCUACUUCUCAAAUCAAACCGCGGCCUCUAACGACAUGACCCUGACCUUCUACAAUGCCUCUGAGGCGGAUGUGGGCUUCUACUCCUGCUUCCUGCAUACUUUCCCAUUCGGAACCUGGGAGAAGGUGAUACGAGUGGUCCCAUCAGACAGUUUUGAGGAUGCUGGGCCACCAAACAGCCAGAUGGUCUCAGAACCCGGAGAAAACGUCACACUCACCUGCCAGCCUAAAGAGAAGUGUCUGUUAGAGGAAAUGUCGUGGGAAAAGAUCCAGCCCCAGCAGAUCGACGUCUUAAUAAGCUGCAACUUGUCCCACGGAAGAAGUUACACGUCCAAGUACCCAAGACAGAUACUGAGCAACUGCAGCCACGGCAUGAAAAAGGCCUUCGUCACCAUUCCUAAUGUUACAGGCUCCGACUCGGGACUCUACCGCUGUGGCUUCAAAGCCAGCACUGGGGAAAAAGAAACCUUCGUGAUGAGGCUGACCGUAACCGACGGUGAAACCAAGACCCCAUACAUCCCUUUUGUGGCUGGUGGGGCAGGUUUUCUGUUGCUGUUGGUUAUCCUAAUUACCACCAUCACUGUCAUUGCUUAUAAGAGAAGGAGAAGGCAACAGCAAAGAGGCCCAUUUAAAGAUUUCUGGAUCACACAGAAUAGGGCAGCCAACAACUAUAGGAAUACCUUCCCUGCCAAUCCACCGUCAGAUGGUGCAGGAGAGGACAUUUAUGUCAACCACCCAACCUUCUCUCGUGUACCCAGGGCUAGAGUCUAA